AUGUCCUUCGAGGGAGCCAGGCUCAGCAUGAGGAGCCGCAGGAACGGGACUUUGGGCAGCACCCGGACCCUGUACUCCAGUGUGUCUCGGAGCACAAACGUGUCCUACAGUGACAGUGAUUUGGUGGAUUUUAUUCAGGCAAAUUUUAAAAAACGAGAAUGUGUCUUCUUCACCAGAGACUCCAAGGCCAUGGAGAGCAUAUGCAAGUGUGGCUAUGCCCAGAGCCAGCACAUUGAAGGUACCCAGAUAAACCAAGAUGAGAAGUGGAACUACAAGAAACAUACCAAGGAGUUUCCAACAGAUGCCUUUGGUGACAUUCAGUUUGAGACUCUGGGGAAGAAAGGCAAGUAUAUCCGCUUGUCCUGCGACACGGAUUCCGAAACCCUGUACGAGCUGCUGACCCAGCACUGGCACCUCAAAACACCCAACCUGGUCAUUUCAGUGACUGGUGGUGCCAAAAACUUCGCUUUGAAACCACGCAUGCGCAAGAUCUUCAGCAGGCUGAUUUACAUUGCACAAUCUAAAGGUGCUUGGAUUCUCACAGGAGGCACCCAUUACGGUCUCAUGAAGUACAUAGGUGAAGUGGUGAGAGAUAACACCAUCAGCAGGAAUUCAGAAGAGAACAUCGUGGCCAUUGGCAUAGCGGCGUGGGGCAUGGUCUCCAACAGGGACACCCUCAUCAGGAAUUGCAAUGAUGAGGGAUAUUUCUCAGCUCAAUACAUCAUGGACGACUUCAAGAGAGACCCUCUAUAUAUCCUAGACAACAAUCACACCCACUUGCUGCUUGUGGACAAUGGGUGCCAUGGACACCCCACGGUGGAAGCCAAACUGCGGAAUCAGCUGGAGAAAUACAUCUCUGAGAGGACCAGUCAAGAUUCCAACUAUGGUGGUAAGAUCCCCAUCGUGUGCUUUGCUCAAGGAGGUGGAAGAGAGACUUUGAAAGCUAUCAAUACCUCCGUCAAAAGUAAGAUCCCCUGCGUGGUGGUGGAAGGCUCCGGGCAGAUUGCCGAUGUGAUUGCCAGCCUGGUAGAGGUAGAGGAUGUUCUGACCUCUUCCAUGGUCAAAGAGAAGCUGGUGCGAUUCUUACCACGCACUGUGUCCCGACUGCCGGAAGAGGAGACUGAGAGUUGGAUCAAAUGGCUCAAAGAAAUUCUUGAAUGUUCCCACCUACUCACAGUUAUUAAGAUGGAAGAAGCUGGAGAUGAGAUUGUGAGCAAUGCCAUUUCCUAUGCACUGUAUAAAGCCUUCAGCACUAAUGAACAAGACAAGGACAAUUGGAAUGGGCAACUGAAGCUUCUGCUGGAGUGGAACCAAUUGGACCUUGCCAGUGAUGAGAUCUUCACCAAUGACCGCCGAUGGGAGUCUGCUGACCUUCAGGAAGUCAUGUUCACGGCUCUCAUAAAGGACAGGCCCAAAUUUGUCCGCCUCUUUCUGGAGAACGGCCUGAACCUGCAGAAGUUUCUCACCAAUGACGUCCUCACAGAGCUCUUCUCCACCCACUUUAGCACCCUAGUGUACCGGAACCUGCAGAUCGCCAAGAACUCCUACAACGAUGCACUCCUCACUUUUGUCUGGAAGCUGGUGGCAAACUUCCGUAGAGGCUUCUGGAAGGAAGACAGAAGCAGCAGGGAGGACUUGGAUGUGGAACUCCAUGAUGCAUCUCUCACCACCCGGCACCCUCUGCAAGCUCUCUUCAUCUGGGCCAUCCUUCAGAACAAGAAGGAACUCUCCAAGGUCAUUUGGGAGCAGACAAAAGGCUGUACUCUGGCAGCCUUGGGGGCCAGCAAGCUUCUGAAGACCCUGGCUAAAGUCAAGAAUGACAUCAACGCUGCCGGGGAAUCAGAGGAGCUGGCCAAUGAGUAUGAGACCCGAGCAGUGGAGCUGUUCACCGAGUGUUACAGUAACGAUGAAGACUUGGCAGAGCAGCUACUGGUCUACUCCUGUGAAGCCUGGGGCGGGAGCAACUGUCUGGAGCUGGCAGUGGAGGCUACAGACCAGCAUUUCAUCGCUCAGCCCGGGGUCCAGAACUUUCUUUCUAAGCAAUGGUAUGGAGAGAUUUCCCGAGACACCAAGAACUGGAAGAUCAUCCUGUGUUUAUUUGUCAUCCCCCUGGUGGGCUGUGGCCUCGUAUCAUUUAGGAAGAAGCCCAUUGACAAGCACAAGAGGCUGCUCUGGUCCUACGUGGCCUUCUUCACCUCGCCCUUCGUGGUCUUCUCCUGGAACGUGGUCUUCUACAUUGCCUUCCUCCUGCUGUUUGCCUACGUGCUGCUCAUGGACUUCCACUCGGUGCCGCACACCCCUGAGCUGAUCCUCUACGCCCUGGUCUUCGUUCUCUUAUGUGAUGAAGUCAGGCAGUGGUACAUGAAUGGGGUGAACUAUUUUACCGACCUGUGGAAUGUUAUGGAUACACUGGGGCUCUUCUACUUCAUAGCGGGUAUCGUAUUCCGGCUGCACUCAUCUAACAGAAGUUCUCUGUACUCUGGGAGAGUCAUUUUCUGUCUGGAUUACAUCAUCUUCACUCUAAGGCUUAUCCACAUUUUCACCGUGAGCAGGAACUUAGGACCCAAGAUCAUAAUGCUACAGCGAAUGUUGAUCGACGUUUUCUUCUUCCUGUUCCUCUUUGCUGUGUGGAUGGUGGCCUUUGGCGUGGCCAGGCAGGGGAUUCUCAGGCAAAACGAGCAGCGCUGGAGGUGGAUCUUCCGCUCAGUCAUCUACGAGCCCUACCUGGCCAUGUUUGGCCAGGUGCCCAGUGACGUGGAUGGAACCACGUAUGAUUUUUCCCACUGCACCUUCUCGGGAAAUGAGUCCAAGCCACUGUGUGUGGAGAUGGAUGAGAACAACCUGCCCCGCUUCCCUGAGUGGAUCACCAUCCCGCUGGUGUGCAUCUACAUGCUCUCUACCAACAUCCUGCUGGUCAACCUCCUGGUCGCCAUGUUUGGCUACACGGUGGGCACUGUACAGGAGAACAACGACCAGGUCUGGAAGUUCCAGCGGUACUUCCUGGUGCAGGAGUACUGCAACCGCCUCAACAUUCCCUUCCCCUUCGUCGUCUUCGCAUACUUCUACAUGGUGGUGAAGAAAUGUUUCAAAUGCUGCUGUAAAGAGAAGAACAUGGAGUCAUCUGCCUGCUGUUUCAGAAAUGAGGACAACGAGACUUUGGCGUGGGAGGGCGUCAUGAAGGAGAAUUACCUUGUCAAGAUCAACACGAAAGCCAAUGACAGCUCAGAGGAGAUGAGGCAUCGGUUUAGACAACUGGAUACAAAGCUCAAUGAUCUCAAAGGUCUUCUAAAAGAGAUUGCUAAUAAAAUCAAAUAAGGCAGGUGAAUGCUCAUGGAGAGAAAUCAAAUUACAAGCAGGUAAAAUCAGCCAUCUGGAUUGGGAGGCUCGUGGGACACUGAUGGACGGUACUGCCAUUGACUUCUGAAGGAGACUUUUCCAGGUUCCUAAGCACAUAGCUGGUGAUCACCCUCAAGGACAGAAGUCAGGGAGCAGAGUGUGUGGAGGACUUUGCUCACAAAGAGGACUAUGGAGGUUCACAUGUUCCUCUGUGAUCGUGCCUGCACUAUCUGCAUCUCAGAGCCUUGUCCUGACAUCAAGUGUUCAAGUGUUCAUGUACCUUCUUUGUCCCACGCAUCUCCUAUGACAUGAUCUCAAUUUUAUACCUAGACUGUCAUUAUUUUCCACUUUCCUCUUUUCUACACUGUAUGAUGAAUUCAUUGACAUAUUGUUAAAAAGUCCUACUCCUGCCCCCAAUCAUGCCAGAUUCUAAAAUAUCCUAGGGCACAGUCAAAGGAGGGACACCGAGGCAGGGACUUUCUCUUGGGCUCACCAUGACUCCUGCUGAAGGGGUCACCUGUGGUUACCAGUAUGAAAAGUCACCAGGAAGAAACCCUUGAGAGGCGUUCUUGCUCAUUUUGUCUUCACUGGGUGUGCCUCUCCUCUCCUCUCUCAUUUCCCUAUUGAAAAUAGCAAAUGGAUAUUACAGGGAAUUAGCAUAAAUGUACAUAAACAAUCUCCCACUCCCUCGAGUAACACACUUUUGUGUGUUUGCGCAAGUCUGGCUUUUUCUAUGCAUGGUAUACUCCACUUUUAAAAAUCUUACAAAACAUCAUCAUCUGCAUAUACUGUUUUGUAUAGGGCUUUUCAUCAACUAUUUCAUCAAAGAUGUUUUCUUCACAGUCUUCUUAAGCAUUAUCAGUAAUUCACUAAUACUCAAACCUCUAGCAAUUUCCAUAACGCAGGUCAUUGAUAGCUGACUCCACCUGGCCAUCAAAAUGGACAUCUCUGAGCUCGAGUCUUCUUUCUGCAUUAAGAACGUCAAGAAACAUCCUAUCCAGGACACUCGAUUCUUUGGAAUAUCUGUUGCUUAUCAAACCAUUUACAAGGCUUUUUCUCACCAGUGUAUGGCAAAAUAGCAAUUACUGACUUAUAAGUAAGGCAUAAGAUAUGUGGAGCUCUCUUUAUUAGGACAUGAUAUUAUAUUUAACCCUUAUUUUAGGAAGAAGCCAGUGUUCUUGUUUAGACAUUGUGGAGUAUGCAGGCAAUUGGUGCAUACUUCCAGUGGUUAUCUCGAUGAACACUCCACUCCUAGCUGACUUGAACUGGUGGAAUCUGGGCUAAAAGAUGUACUAGGAUAACAUAAGGCGCUUUAGCACUUGUAAUUAGCUUUUAAGCUUUUUCAGAGCAUGUACACUCAGGGACCGAAGGAGGGACCCUCAGCAGGAAGCCACUAAACGAAUAUUUAGAUAGACUGAAGCAUUAACACAGAUAGAUGUGUUUAUUUUUAUUUUGGUCUGGCUGGUUAUUCACGCCCCGCAUAAUGUUAUCAGAGACUGGAAGAAUAAAGAAUGCCUGUUACUUAAACCCACCCUGGCCUCAUGGGGCUCUCACUCAUCAGAAUUUCAGAAGCAAAGAGUUGAUGGGACAAAUUUGCAGUAGAUGGAGUGAGAGCAUUCAACUUCCAUUUCACUCUGAUGAUCAAGGUGCUGCUGACACCAUGAGGAGGAGGGGACUUUCAAAACCUAAAAUCCAUGACAGCACACAGACUGUGUGAACAGAAGUCCCAUGCCCUUGCCUUUAACUCAAGUAAGGAACCUGAAUAAAAGAAGUAAAUGAAAUUUAAAAUUCCAUGUAAGACCAAGUAGCCUAGUCAACCUGCCCAUCCCCACUUAAUGAAUGUGUCCAUGUGUUCAUAGUUCAUGCUGUGUCUCAACUGGCUUAAGAAAACAGUCUUUGCACACACUAUGCUCCCCUUGGCCCUAAAGAAGAAUUGGACAAUGCUCAGAUUUUUUUCUCAUUCAGUGUAGCACAAUCAAGUUUCCCAAUGGUCUCUCCACAUGUUUACACUGCAGGAUGUGUGCUCAUGUGACAUCAUUGUUCCUACUGCAUCUCAUGAAUAUCACCUGUGUUGGAUAUUUGUCUGAAUCAAAGGUGCUAGCUACAUCCUUCGGUCUGGUACUAACCGUCUCUAGGCUUGUGCACAACUCCAGAGAAUCCUGCAACAUGGCUUCAGCCAGUAUGUGAGAACAUUAAACCAUGGUGGAAUUGUCUUGACUCUGUGUGUGUCAUUCUAGUGAGAGUGAAAAAUAAAAGUCAUUCACUGAGUUACCGUCA